CUUCCACAAACCCUUUCGGACCUGAACUAGAGUCGCUGGAUAUUCCCCAACCCAACCCGGCGCUUUCCGUCUAUUACGCUGGUCUAGACCCUCGGUUUGUUCGCCCGAGAACCAAUCACGUCGCCUGUCAGGUCCACGCCCAGGCCACGUGGCCGCGUCGACGAGCGAGCGACAGCAGCGCCGCACUGCCACACGCCCGUUUUCUCUCUCUCUCAACCGUUGCCAUCGGGCAACAUCGUCACCCCCUUCACCCCAGUACAGCCAUGGCUGACGGAACUCAGCAGCAGCAAUCCUCCUCUUCGCGGCUCGACCUCCGCGUGGGCAACAAGUACCGGAUGGGCAAGAAGAUCGGGGCAGGCUCCUUCGGUGCGUCGUCUCUCCCCUCCGUCCGGGCUGUGUGCCGUGCAUGCAUGCCACCCGCGCAGGUGCUGACGAGCGUGCCGGUUGACGCAGGUGACAUCUACAUGGGCGCGAACGUCAUCUCCGGCGAGGAGGUAGCCAUCAAGCUCGAGCCGGCCGCCGCGAAGCAUCCGCAGCUGCAGUACGAGGUGAAGGUGUACAAGGCCCUCGCGGGGGGAGCCGGGAUCCCCUUUGUGCGGUACUACGGGACGGAGGGCGACUACAACGCGAUGGUGAUGGACCUGCUCGGCCCGUCGCUCGAGGAUCUGUUCAACUUCUGCGGGCGCAAGUUCACGCUCAAGACGGUGUUGCUGUUGGCGGACCAGAUGAUAUCGCGCGUCGAGUACGUGCACUCGCGCAACUUCCUGCACCGCGAUAUCAAGCCCGACAACUUCGUCAUGGGCCUCGGCCGGCGUGGGAACCAGGUGCACCUGAUUGAUUUCGGGCUCGCGAAGAAGUUCCGCGAUCCGCGGUCGCACCUGCACAUCCCGUACCGGGAGAACAAGUCCCUCACCGGAACCGCGCGGUACGCGUCCAUCAACACGCACCUCGGUGUCGAACAGGCGAGGAGGGACGACCUGGAAGGGCUGCUGUACGUGCUGAUCUACUUCCUGCACGGCGAGCUUCCGUGGCAGGGCAUCAAAGCCGCAACGAAGAAGAACAAGUACGAGAAGAUCAUGGAGAAGAAGAUGACGACGACUGCCGAGCUCCUGUGCAAGCGGCUGCCGAAGGAGUUUGUCGUGCUGAUGAGCUAUGUGCGGGCGCUCCGAUUCGACGAGACGCCUGACUACGCGUACAUGAAGAAGGUGUUCCGGGACCUGUUUGUGCGCGAGGAGAUGAAGUGGGACUACGUGUUUGAUUGGAGCGUGCAGCGGCCCGAGAAGGAAGCGAAGGACAAGGAUAAGCGGACAGCCGAUGAUCGAGCUCGGAGACACCUGAACGAUUCUCUCCUGCCUGCCGACACUCAGAGACGACACCGUGCGACCACGAGAAAUACCCAGCGCACGGGCGAGGGUUGGUGAUCGGGCGACAAGCCACGGUUUUUCUUUUUCUGGUUGCAUGCCUCCCGUCCGUUUAUUCGUUGAUCUCGGCUCCACCAUUCCCGAGUCAAUCAACUCGCCUCCCGAGGCGCCGGGUCGAGUCUCCACGGCGUCGAGCCGACCCACGCCAGAUCCAGAUCCGCACUCGCGUUAUUGGCGAGCAUACAUUACAUAUGAUACUCAUACAUAGAUCCCCUGCCCCUCCCCAUCCUUCCGGCAUCCAUCCAUCCAUCCAUCCAGCUUCCUCUCCUUCCAGCUACUAAUCACAUGGAGACAUCAUUCGUGGUGUCGAUCUUGUUGUACUUGUUCUAGCCAGUGACAUAAUGGUACCCCGUGCGUUCGCGCGUGUUUUGUGCUCCUUGGAAUGUCGAGUUUGCUUCUCGUGCAUCUAUUUACGCCGGAUUGGGUGGUGUAUGUGUUGCAACGAACAGACUGUGCAGGUGGCUCGGUGCCGCCACCGAACACCAGGCACGCAUCCCAUCCUUCCGGAACUUAUCGUCAAGUCCGGGGAAGUCACCGACUGGCAGCUGUUGGCGAUGCUGCUCAUGACAGACUGGGGAACCCUUGUCAAGGCGCUGGAUGGUCCGACCGUAGAUGUUGCGUCGAGCAUGGCUGACACAUCUGGAUGGAACUGGAGAACCUUCUGUUACCAGCACGGUUCCCGGCUGCAAAUGAGGAGCCUCAAGAUGCGUCGAGAAAUCUGGGCUGAGGGUCGAGACCUGUUGUUCAGGUCCGUGACACCCGUCUGAACAAAGAUGAGUCUGCUGUGCGAAACGGGAAUGAGGUCGCCACGAAGGUCGAUCCUCAUACUACAUUUUAAAAGGCGCGUCGGAAAUGCGGACCGCCAAAGCUUCAACUGCUCACACGUGAUGAACUGUGGUCGGAACAAUGGUGUGAUCGGAUCAGAAGUCUAGAUCAGCAAUCAUCACGGCCUUAGCGCUUCGACUCCGCCCUCAGUCAUUCUGCGCCAACAAACGCAGAGCUCCUUCGUCCUCUGAGUCAUUCACGGGGAAAUUCUCACAUGUGCUUUUGAAGGGUCAAGAUCGGUGGCGCGCAACGUGUUGAUAUCGAUGGCCAGGCGAAUCCUCGUUGAUAAAUGCUGACCGCCAGUCAUUAUCAACGAGGCGCUCCUUCUGUGGCGGAGGUUGGCCGAUGGGGGAGUUCGGGUGUGCACGAGGUGCUUGGGGGGUCAGCUCCCCCCACCGAUCUCUCGCUAAUCGACAGGCUACGUUCGACUUGUUUCGCAGUGCAUGUUACACCGGUGUUUCGUGCUACACCGCAUUAUGCUCGUUGCUUCAGCCCAUGCUCCGAAUACCUCGAGGUGCGAGGGAGUGACCGGGGACGGGGCCGAAGCGGUUUGUGAGAGCUGGACAGCCUAAAGCAACACGGACGGACAGUGCACGCCGCAAAGCCUAGCCUCGCUCCGACUCACUCAUCGGGUGUAGAUGGAAAUACUCGGAACGAUCGUUUCAAGGAAUCCACGGAACGCGAUCAAUCGGCUGCUCCCAUCGACUGGCGACGACGCACUCUGACUCUCCGAAUCGCCGGCCAGUCAGGCUUGCAGGACCGAUGCUGUGCAGAUGAGCCAACGCGUGCCGGCGCUUCUGGUUGCGCGCGUCCUGUCAUGCUAGCUCUCACACUGCCUGUUUGUCGCAUCUAAAUCCCGAGUCGUCGAUAUUGCGCAGGAGCGAUCAGUAUGGAAGAUCAGGUCAGCCUGUCCCUGACUCCUCUGCAUGCGCCCGGUCAGUCCCAGUGCGCCCCUGAUUAUUACGCACGUCUUGGGUUGUGGGCACUUAAUAAGGCUGGGAUGCACAGGUAUUCGGCCCGGAGCGUCGUUCCGAUCGAGUAGUCUAUGUAGUCGGCUGCGCUAUUGUUGGCAGGCCUGAUUGAACGCCGACGGGCGAUCCAAUUGAGUUGGCAGCGCACUACAGCUAUGUUACGGUACAAAAUGGUACAUAAGUGACUUAUUC